CUAAGCAAACAACGCGCGACAGCACACAGGCCACCUGCAGAGCCCAAACAUCCCACACAUCCCACCCAUAAAUCACAUCACCUCCACAUAUCCACACACUCGCACCAUCCCGAGUAAAAAUGGCCACUUCCGGUUCGAUCCUGCUCGCCAUCUUCCUGCUGAGCGCCACCCUCAUUUCCGCCCAGCAGAUCAAAGAGACGGCGCCCAGUGCGCGAUUACUGGAUCGAUUCGAUAACCGAUACCCGGACGGAAGCUACGAGUAUCGAUUUGAAUUGGACGAUGGAACAGCUCGCUACGAGCGCGGAUAUUUCGCCAAGAUCAACGAUGUGAAGACCCUAAUGGUCGUGGGCUACUACGCCUAUCGGAUGACCGACGGGCGUUACAUCACCGUGUUCUACAAUGCCGAUCAAUUUGGCUAUCGACAGAAUCAGUCGAUCACGCCGCAGGAGUAUCCCAACCUGCCGCGCUCCAUCGAGGUGCCCAUGGUCAGCAAGGCAUCCUCGGCAUCCUCGGCAUCCGAUGGCGUCUCCAGCUCCCAAUCCCAAUCCCAGUACCAGUCCAGGCUGGAGGCCCUUGGUAACCCCGCCAUGACGACGACCACGCCCCGGGGGGCGGGGACAAAUCGUAGGGGCCGCUACUGAGAGUCCGUAAUUGCACACCAUGCCCAUUAUUAUUAUUAUGGCUCCUUGCAUCGUUUUCUUAUACAUUUUUUUUUUUUUGUGGAACUUUUGUCCCCCGACUACUCGUAUUAUAUUAUUAUGAAUUUUAAUUUUUUUUUGUAAUUUUUGUUGUGUUCAAUGAAGUGGGAUUAAAAAAUAAUAAAAAUUUAUUAAGGCAAAGCAGCG